AGAAACACAGGAACAGGCACUCGGAGACCUGGCCCCGCACUCCUUGCUCCAAGGAGCAGGCAGGACAGGCUGAAAAUACAAACCGCUUCCAAAAAGAUAAAGGGGAUGACUCCAGCAGAGCACCCCACUCCUUUGAAGAGCUCAAAGGAAGAUGUCAGACCAGUCUCUUCCUAUAGCAACACCCCCUACCCAGAAGCCCCCUCGGAUCAUCCGCCCCCGUCCCCCCUCUCGACCUCGGGCUGCCCAGUCCCCAGGGCCCCCCCACAAUGGCUCCUCUCCUCAAGAACCUUCUGUCACCUCCAAUGAUGCCCCAUCCCCAAUGUGCACCCCUAUCUUUUGGGAACCCCCAGCAUCUUCCCUCAAGCCCCCUGCCCUUCUGCCCCCUUCGGCUUCUAAAGCCAGCCUCGACUCCCAGAAUUCCCCAGACUCACCUUCCAGUAGCCCCAGUCCAGUGUCCCGGCGCUCCAUCUCCCCAGAACCUGCUCCCAGGUCUCCAGUGCCCCCACCCAAGCCCUCUGGGUCACCCCGCAUACUUCUGCCUCUACCCCAAGCAGCCCCCCAUGUCCCAGCCCAGGAUGGCUCUGCCUCUGCCCCAGGCACUGUGCGAAGACUGGCUGGCAAAUUUGAAUGGGGGGCUGAAGGCAGGGUCCAGGCUGCAGAUGCCCUGGAGCCAGCCCCCCAAGGGGGAGUGGAUGUGAAUGGGGAGAGAGAGACUUCCCAAGGCAGCCUCACGAAAAGGGGAUCUCAGGAGAAUGGUGUUGCGGAUGCUGCCCAGGCCUGCCCUCCCUCCUGCCCCUGUGUCUGUCAUGUAACCCGGCCUGGCCUGGAGCUCCGAUGGGUCCCUGCGGGGGGCUAUGAGGAUGGUCCCAGGGCCCUCUGCAGAGCCUCCCCUCUGCGAACCUCCCGCUCCCGCCCCAACCCUCCCAGCAUCAGUCACCCCUCAGUGGUCCUCACGUCCUACCGCUCCACUGCUGAGCGCAAACUCCUGCCACCUCUCAAACCCCCCAAACCAACUCGGGCCAGGCAGGAUGCCACUGUCUCUGGGGACACCCCACAGCCAGAUCUCGAUCUGCCCUCUGGAGACGGACUCCAAACAGAGAACAGUCCGGAUGAAGCUCCUCAGAAUGCUGCUCCCGCAACCAUGGAGGGCAGGCAUGAGGAGGGCCUGGAGGAGCUGAAGGAGCAGAACUGGGAGCUGCCCCUGCAGGAUGAACCCCUGUACCAGACCUACCGAGCAGCCGUGCUAUCAGAGGAGCUGUGGGGCGUCAGUGAGGACGGGUGUCCCUCUCCGACAAGUCCUGGAGAAGCUCCCACCUUCGCCCGGCUCCCUGGCCCUCGGAACACUCUGUGGCAGGAGCUUCCAGCCGUGCGAGCCAGUGGCCUCCUGGACACCCUCAGCCCCCAGGAGAGGCGCAUGCAGGAGAGCCUGUUUGAGGUGGUGACAUCCGAGGCCUCCUACCUGCGCUCCCUGCAGCUAUUGACGGACACCUUUGUGCUGAGCCAGGCUCUCCGGGACACGCUCACCCCCCGGGAUCACCACACCCUCUUCUCCAAUGUGCAGAGAGUCCAGGAAGUCAGCAAGCGGUUUCUAGGAGCAUUACUGUCCCGAGUACGCGCUUCUCCCCACAUCAACGACCUUUGUGACGUGGUGCAUGCCCACGCCGUGGGUCCUUUCUCGGUGUAUGUGGAUUAUGUGCGCAACCAGCAGUAUCAGGAGGAGACCUACAGCCGUCUUAUGGACACAAAUGUGCGCUUCUCCGCGGAGCUUCGCCGGCUGCAGAGCCUCCCCAAGUGUGAGCGGCUCCCCCUGCCCUCCUUCCUGCUGCUGCCCUUUCAGCGCAUCACACGGCUCCGCAUGCUGCUGCAGAAUAUCCUGCACCAGACAGAGGAGGGGUCCAGCCGCCAGGAGAAUGCCCAGAGGGCCCUGGGUGCUAUCAGUAAGAUCAUUGAGCGCUGCAGUGCUGAGGUGGGGCGCAUGAAGCAGACUGAGGAGCUGAUCCGGCUCACCCAGAGGCUGCGCUUCCACAAAGUCAAGGCCCUGCCCCUGGUCUCCUGGUCAAGGCGCCUGGAGUUGCAGGGGGAGCUGACGGAGUUAGGGUGCCGGAGGGGGGGCGUGCUCUUCACCUCACGCCCCCGCUUCACUCCCCUCUGCCUGCUGCUCUUUAGUGACCUGCUGCUCAUCACUCAGCCCAAGAGUGGGCAGCGGCUACAGGUGCUGGACUAUGCCCAUCGCUCCCUGGUCCAGGCCCAGCAGGUUCCAGACCCAUCUGGACCUCCUACUUUCCGCCUCUCCCUUCUCAGCAACCACCAGGGUCGCCCCACCCACCGGCUUCUCCAAGCUUCAUCCCUAUCAGACAUGCAGCGCUGGCUGGGAGCCUUCCCCACCCCAGGGCCCCUUCCCUGCUCCCCAGACACCAUCUAUGAGGACUGUGACUGUUCCCAGGAUCUGUGUUCAGAGACUUCUGCACCAGCCAAGACUGAGGGACAGAGUCUCGAGUCCAGGGCUCCCCCAAAGCAUCUGCACAAGAGCCCCGAAGGCUGGCUGAAGGGGCUUCCUGGGGCCUUCCCUGCCCAGCUGGUGUGUGAAGUCACUGGGGAACACGAAAGGAGGAGGCACCUUCGCCAGCACCAGAAGCUUCUUGAGACUGUUGGACCCUCUUCAGGAACCCCCAGUGCCCCCCAACCCUAAUGCAUGCUGGGAAGGAGGCAAAGGCUGGGAUAGCUGGCAGCGUGGCACAGAGAGGACAAAACUCAUCCAUCUAUUGGAUUCGCUGUCAGUGGAAACACUACCUCUAGUGGCAACCAAUAGGGACCAAGCUUCAGGACAAGGCAGCCAAUGAAAACAGGGUUGCCUGAGCCCAGGCAAUAAGGGAGAAUGAGGAUGGUUUGAGUGUGUUGCCAAUAGAGACAGAAGCUUAGUGCUGAGCCACUAAUGGGUGCUGAGCUGGCUGAUCUGGACCCAAGAGAUCAGUAGUGACCCUGCUUGGUUCUACACCCACAACCAGUCCUGCCCUUUGGGUCUAGAAAGUAUUAAAUUUCAUUCUCAGGGCACCUCCUAUGUCCUU